AUGCCUACCUUGCCACCUCACCAGUCAGUCUUCUCUUACACCCUGACUAAACCCUAUCCAUUUCUAUGGUUUACUCCUGUUGCUAUCGUUGGAGGGAUAUUGGCUUCGGUUUUGUUUUCGUUUCUGAAUCUUGCUACCUCUGGCUACGAUACCGUUACUGUUACGACAUCGGAACCCAAUGCAACAAUCACAAAUACGACUUAUUUUCACAACUGGCCAUCUUUCAAAACUUCAAAGAUUCGCCCGACAUGUGAACCACAAAGGUUGCCCGUAUACGAAUAUUACUAUACGAAUAAUACCGCGUUCCCUUAUCAACUUUACAGCAUAGAUAAUCACGGCACCGAAGAGUGGACGACUUACUUAGCCGACAUCGCGCAUCUCAAUAACCCACUUACAGAGUGCGAGUUUCAACAAAUCUGCAUCAGAUUUGAAGACGAAAGGGAUGAUGACUUUGGAGAAAGAAGUUCAUUAGAUGCCUUCCUUUCUUGCGUAGUCGAUAUCGAAACGGGUAGGAAAAAAAUAGGCUUGGUCGCCAAUUACAGUCCGAGACAAGAGAAACAAUCCUUCCCAUUGAGUAUGGAUAGAAACCAGACGGCGAGUUUGUGGUGGGGAAAGUCCUUGAUAUCUUGGUACUUUGCACAAACCAUGUACGAAAUGAGACAAGCCGCUUACAUGCCCGUGAAUUUGACAAUGGGAUCGACGGAAGAAUAUUAUAUGAAUGAAGGUCAAGUGUUCUUCUUGACUAUUCCACAAAUUUCAGAUGCAGAGCAGUUCAAAUCCGACAGUUGGAUGGAGUUCAAGCCCGCUUGUUUUUUCUUCCCUGACCGUGGUGCAACCAGAUUCGCAAACACCUGGAAGUGCGACCGAGAAGCUAAGUACCGAUACAAGGAGUUUCGUCAGAUCUGGUAUUAUGCUGAAAUGCUUGCAAAAUCAUUCUACACCACCAUUAUGGCCGACCUGGGCCAGAUAACGCUUAAUGUCCUUGAAAACGGCGACUUACCUCAGUAA